AUGGCAAAACAGCGAUUUCUGGUCUUUGCACUCUCCCUUGUCCUGGCGGCGAGGGCGCGGGAAAGGGCCCCUGAGAGGCCUCAAGCAAGGAGUGUUUGGAAGGACCUGGACGUGGCGAACGCGGAGGGCGUUUCCGAACGCUGCCCCCCUGGGGUCUCCUUGCUGCAGUCCUCUGCCAAGCGACCGGGGCCGGGUCACGCUGAUCGCCGAGAACAUGCAGAGGAGAUUGGCAAGAUCCCGGAAUCCAUUCCUUUUGCUUCUUUGGUCGAGAGCUCCGCACCGUCACAUCCCGUGAUGCUGAACCAAAUCAAGCAGGUGGUGGAGCUGGCCCAAACUCGAGUGCAGACCAAGGUGGGCGAGGCUCCUUACUUCAUCAUCGCGGUCGCGAUCGGAGGCUUUCUCCUUUCCUUGCUCUCCAUCUGCAUGAGUUUAGUCUUUGUGGAGCGAGGUCUUUCCAAGGAUGGAGACGUCUACGCAGAGCCCUCUGCAUCUGCCCUCCUCUCGCAGCGCCUGCGCGCUUUGGGCUUGGGAGACGCCCGCAGCUACCGUGCAAGCACCCGGGCUGAGAGGUCCGAGAUGAAUCCUGCACGUACCUGGGAGCACGGAAACCAUCAAGGCUCGAAGAAGCCUAUGGUCAUGGCAGAUGGGCAGCGUCGCCUACAGAUCGUCGUUCAGCAGCCUCUUGAGGGAGGCAGAGUCGGCUUGAACUUGGCAGAGGACGAUCUGGUGGUCAACAACUUCGGUGACUUGCGGGCCUACGACCUUGGCUUCCGGGUCGGCGACCGUCUGUUGCAGGUGAACCAGGUUCCAGUCUUCCGAGAAUCAGACUUCAAGUUCGUGAUGCAGGACGCCUUGCGCAGAAACUCGGAGCGCGGAGAGCCCUUGGUCUUCCACGUCCUGAGGCGCGGAGGCGGAGCCGGAGUGGGGGAAGGGCCAGCCGGGCCAGGUGGCCCACCGGGUGGCCCGGCGGGGGCCCGAUCCCGAUCCCCCUUCUUGGGCUCCGAUCCGCCCAUCGGUGGAUCGGCGCGAGCACAGAUGCCAGCGCCGGCUCCGGAAAUGAACGGGGACCUGCGAGGAUCCUGGUGCUACGGGGACACUCGCACGGAUGAUCUUUACACAUAUGAGAUUCGACAAGUCGGGAAAGACCUGGGCUUUGAACAAGCAUUGCCAAACGGGGAGAAGAUCACCGGUCUUCUGAUUCCUGACGGGCUUUGGCUGAGGAGCGAUUUGCAGAGCAAGGACGGAUACUAUGGCGAGAUUCGUCUGCAAUACGAUCCGGAAGAGCAGGUGCUCGUUUCGCAAUUGAAAAAGGGUCAAGGCGACGCCUGGAGCGACGACAUCUUGGCCAGACGAGCGAGAUAG